UUACCUCUCUCUCUCGUUCAUCUUCUCUCUCACUCUUCUUCUCAAGCCUUUCCACCGCCGAGUGCCGAUCCCUCGCUCAACGGCACCGCCUCUAACUCUAUCUCUCUCACGCAGAAUGUCAGAAAUCAAGGCAGUGGUUGGCCUAUCAUGGGAACCAAAGUUGCCCAAUUUGUCAUCUGCAAAGGGCUUUGCUUCUAAUGCUACAACAACUCAUAAAAAUCAGCCUGAAAGCAGUGUAGUUUGGAAACCCAGUUCAGAGCUUGUUGAUGGGCUUUUUGUUCCACCAAAUGACCCUAAGAAGUUAAACAGGAUACUCAGAAAACAAAUCAAAGAUACUGCUGGGCAUAAUUGGUUUGACAUGCCCGCACCAACCAUCACCCCUGAGCUCCAAAAAGAUCUUCAAUUGCUUAAGUUGAGGAAUGUGAUGGAUCCAAAAAGGCAUUACAAGAAGGGUGAAUCAAAGUCAAACAAGUAUUUCCAGGUGGGAACAAUCAUAGAGUCUCCACUAGAUUUCUUUGAUGGUAGAUUAACAAAGAAAGAAAGGAAGACAUCUCUUGCAGCCGAGCUGCUCUCUGAUCGCACUCUUGGAGCUUACAGGAAGCGCAAGGUUCGCGAAAUAGAAGAGAAAAAUCAACCUGGCGGGAAUAAUAAAUGGAAGAUAAAAGGAAAACACCCGAAAAACCGAGCAAACCAAAGAAGACAUUGAUUUUUAUUUUUCUUCUUUCUUUGUAAACUGAUUCCAUUAUUGAAGAUGCAACUAAACUGUGUGUGUCUAUGUUUCGUGUUUAGAUUUUAGAUCACCAAAGUUCCAACAUUUUUGUUCUGAUGAAAAUGUAAUAUUAUAAUGUUAACUAAGCUAAUAGUAUUAUUUGUUCCUUUCAAGUAAAAGUAUGAUAUAGUUAUCAUGCAUUAUAUUAUAUGAGAUAAAAUGACUUGUAGUUUUGUUAA